GAACAAGAAAGGUUUGAGAGAGAGCUCUUUGUUUAGACGUUAGAAAAACCAAGUAUUUUGUAUGAACACCAACGUAAAAAAACAGCCAGAGAAACAAGAAGAGGCUCCACAGAAUGCGAAUGGGACUAAAAUUGGUUUCAUUUUUAUACAAGUGGUUGAGAAAAACAAAUUAAGGCUGCGGGGGUACCUGAGACUUCCUUUGUAUACAAACAUUACAAAACUGGGUCUAGAGACCUUAAGGUGGAAUCGCGGAGUUAUCUCGGAAUUCUUCUGCGUUGCAUCAGGAUGACGGUCGAGAUCAUGGAGCGAUCUAAUUAAAAAAGGGAGGACUCUCUCCUUUUUCAUCUUUAGCGCUAACAUGAUUGGAAAAGGUUUUCUUUUUAGAGAAAGGCAGCCCAUGGAAUUGGGAGGAAAAGGGCAACUUUGUAGCUGCCGAGGGUUUAACAGCAGAGCAGCUCGGGGUUACUUAGAGGAGAUCCCUAGAUCCUGAUUGAAAUCCCCCUUUUAAUUGAUUUAUACAAAAAGUUACAUAGAAUCUAGGGACAUGGAGACGGUGGGGAAAUUCGAGUUCAGCAGGAAAGAUUUAAUGGGACACGGUGCAUUUGCAGUUGUCUUCAAGGGAAGACACAAAGAGAAGCCAGACUGGGAAGUAGCUGUCAAAUGCAUAAACAAGAAAAACUUGGCAAAAUCCCAGACUCUGUUAGGCAAGGAGAUAAAGAUUUUAAAGGAGCUGAAACAUGAAAAUAUUGUUGCAUUAUAUGAUUUCCAGGAAAUGGCUAGUUGUGUCUAUCUGGUGAUGGAGUACUGCAAUGGAGGAGAUCUUGCUGAUUACCUGCACUCUAAGGGGACCCUGAGCGAGGACACUAUCCGUCUGUUCCUGCAUCAGAUCGCAGGCGCCAUGAAGGUGUUACAGAGCAAGGGGAUCAUCCACCGGGACCUGAAACCACAGAACAUCCUGCUGUCCCAUUCCGGGGGGCGCAAAUCCAACACUGGGAACACCUGCAUCAAGAUCGCCGACUUUGGGUUUGCCAGGUACCUGCAGACCAAUAUGAUGGCAGCUACGCUGUGCGGUUCUCCUAUGUACAUGGCUCCUGAAGUUAUAAUGUCCCAGACCUACGAUGCAAAGGCUGAUCUGUGGAGCAUAGGAACUAUAGUGUUCCAGUGUCUGACCGGGAAGGCCCCCUUUCAGGCUAGCAGCCCUCAGGAUCUCCGGCUGUUCUAUGAGAAAAACAAGAACCUGACUCCCAACAUCCCACGGGAGACCUCCGCCCACUUGCGACACCUACUGUCGGGGCUGUUGAAGCGCAAUCACAAAGAUCGCAUGGACUUUGAUGAGUUUUUCCGACAUCCAUUCCUGGAAGUGAGCUCAUCCAUGAAGAAAUCUGCUCCAGUGCCAAUGCCUUCAUACCCAAGCUCAGGGUCUGCCAGCUCCUGCAGCAGCUCGUCCACCUCUCACCUCGCCUCUCCUCCUCAGUCCAUGGCAGAGAUGCAGCAGCUGCAAGCCAAGACUCUGGCUUCUCCUACCCAGGAUUCCCCUGGUUUCCUGCAAGGACUAAAGGACUCGGCGGGCAGCAGCAAGGACUCUUCCUGCGACAUGGACGACUUCGUCAUGGUGCCUGUGCAGUUCUCCAGUGACAUCGCCAGCGAGGCCACAAGAGAAAAACCAGUGCUGGACAGCCUCAUGUGCAGUGGGAGCUCUCUGCUGACCUCUGCUGGACUGGGGAGUCAGGGCAAGACACCAUCCCCGUCUCCUUCCUUCAGCAACUCUCCAAGUCCCUCAGGGAGGCCGGUUGAGUUUUCAGCCAGUAACUACGGACAGUCGGUACCGAUCCCAGUUCCGACCCAGAUUCACAACUACCAGCGCAUCGAGCAGAACCUGCAUUGCCCCAGCCAGCAUGUUUCCCCCAGAUCCAGACCACCAGUGCGAAAGUCCAGCAGUGCUAGCCCCUUGGGAUUCGGGAGGAGCGGGACCUCGCCACCCGUCCCAGGAGAUCACGGGACAGCCUUCAGCUCCCGCAGACUCUCAGCUGGAGGCUCCAAACCGUAUCAGCCGUCCCCACAAGUUGGCACCAUCCCAGAGGUGCCUGGCCAGACCUUUCCCCUGGGAUCAGAGACUCGGAGUAGGCUACAGGGUGGAGGCCUGACAGUACCAGAGCACCUGCCUCGGCACGGCAUGGGCUCCCGGCUUCACAGCGCCCCCAACCUGUCGGAGGGUGGCGCAAACUCCUGCAGGCAGAAGAUAAAGAAGCAGCACUCUGACCCUGCGGUGCACCGGCAGUGCAGCCAGCCCCAGCAGAUCCCCUUGCUGCAGCCUGGCCGCCAACUGCGCUCCUCUCCCAAACUCUCUGAACUCGUGCACAGGAGUCCCCUGCCAACCAUCCUGGGCUCCCCCACCAAGGCCAUGCCUCCAUUUGAGUUCCCCAAACCCACCAGCUCCCAGAACCUGGUCACCUUACUAGCCCAGCAGGGCCUGGUUCUCACCCCGACACGCAACAGAACCAUCCCAGAUCUGAAGGAGUUGGGCCAGCCUUUCUGCCAGCAGACCAGCCCUAGCAUGAGGCCCGUGGAGGAGAACAAAGGUGCCUUUGGCAGGUCUCUCUCUGCCGGGAGGCUGUCUGAAAUGCUGUUGAAAGCAGCCUUCGGAGGGCAGGUGCUGGAUGGUGGCAGCCGCGAGAGUCUGAACACAGAGAGGCCAAUGGAUACAACAGCGCCCCCCAGUGGAGAUGGUGCGGACCUGCACUCUGGUGCGAUGGGGGUGGGGUCUGGCUCUCCAGCUCCUGUGGUGUUCACAGUGGGGUCCCCUCCCAGCGGCAGCACCCCUCCACAGACAAACAGAACCAGGAUGUUCUCAGUUGGCUCCUCUAGCUCUUUGAGUUCAGGAGGGUCCUUCAGUGGCAGACAGUUCCUGACAGGCACAUGCGCAGACGGCUGUGAGGGUCCUUCCGGUCUCCGAUAUGGCUUCAAUGACCCUGUGGCAGCCAGUCUGGAAGGUGCGGUGACCUUUGAAGCCCCGGAGCUUCCUGAGGAGACCCUGAUGGAGCAGGAGCACACGGAGACUCUGCGGAGCCUUCGCUUCACGCUGGCCUUCGUUCACUGCGUGAUGGAGAUCGCUGCCACCAAGGGCAUGGUCAUGGAGGGGGGCAGCUCGGUGACAUCAUCCUUCCAUCUGCAGGAGAGCAUGGUGGCUGACCAGAUCAGCCUCCUGAGCAGGGAGUGGAGUUAUGCAGAGCAGCUGGUCCUGUAUGUGAAGACCACAGAGCUUAUCUCUGCCUCUCUGCACACAGCCAUGGAAAGCAUCAAACAAGGAAAGCUCUGUCCCUCCACCACCGUCAAGCAAGUGGUAAAGAAGCUAAACGAGCUGUACAAGUCAAGUGUGUCGUCCUGCCGCUCCCUCAACGCCCGCCUGCAGAGGUUCUUCUACGACAAGCAGAAGCUGAUGGAUCGGAUUAACAGCAUCACCGCAGAUAAGCUCAUCUACAACCACACUGUCCACAUGAUUCAGUCAGCUGCUCUGGAUGAGAUGUUCCACCAUGGCGAGGCGUCGGUACAGAGAUACCACAAGGCUCUGCUGCUGAUGGAGGGGCUGUCUCUCAUCAUCAAUGAUCAGGCCGAUGUGGAAAACAUCAACAAAUGCAAGCUGUGUAUUGAAAGAAGACUUUCUGCACUGCAGUCAGGACUCUGUGCUUGAUGACUUCUGCAGCACUGACCAGAACUGUUUCUUCAACCUUUGGCCCCACCUUAGUGGCUGCCACUGGACACAAGGCAAUCUCUCUCUCUCCUCUCCUCUCUCUCAAAUACUUUCUCUUCAGUCUUGCUUCUUCUCCAAGCUGGUUUGAUGUCAAUGCAAUCCUCUGCUGCGUGUUGGAGACGGAAGCACUUUGACCUGUUCUUUCGAGAAGGGCACAGCCUCCUCAGAGGUUUGCCUACUUGAGCAGCUUGGAAGUUGGGCUUCGUCAAAGGAAGAAAGUGGUGCUGAUUUGCAGCCCUGUGCAUGAAGGCCCCGCAGGUGGUGUUCUGUUUUCAUGCCGACAGCACUGACCAUUACCAAUAAAUAUAUAAUAUAAAGAUUUAGCGUAGAGUGUAACUGGUAAAGCUAUGGACAUGAAAACAGACCUAAGUUGGGGUACUUCAAACAGAAUAUUAAGAAGAUUCUCACUCAAGAAGGCUACUCUUCUCCACUUUAUUUCCUGACUCUUUCUCUCAGUGGAACUGUAGUGAAUAUGGAGUGGAGUUGCUGCCAGAGUUGGGCGCAUUUUAAUAUGUUUUAAACAAAAGGCCAGUUACCAGAUGAGAGACUGAUUUGUACACAGACGUUCUGUCUGUGUCAGGCUGUCUGGUUCUCUUUACUUGCAUCUCUUUUUUUGUGGUUGUUCUAUAUCAAAUGCUGCCCUGAAGCACUUCUAACACAUUUUGUUUUUCUCUCUACACUACUGUGUUGGGAGGACAGCUAGUUUGAGUUUCUGACUUGAAAGAAAUGGUUAUGCCGAAAGCCGCUGUUGGGACUGUUUCCUGUUGGAAGGGCAGAAGGCUUUUGUUUUCUUCUCUUAGUUGUGUGUUUUUUUGGGUUUUCUUUUUUUUUUGUGAGAAACCAGUCACCUUCAUAUAAGUAAAUCUGGUUUCUUCUGUUUGUGUGGAAGAGGGGGAGCAUAUUUAGGGGAAAUUAAAUAAAUCUUGAAAUGAGUAAUUCCAGAAUUUGUAACCCCUUAAAAUAAAAAAAAUUUAAAAAAAAAGUAAUUUUAAAUGUUAAAAAAAAAAAAAAAUGGGGAAAGCCAAGACUUGAUAACAAAAUCUACUCACUUUAUGGAGACUGACUAUAAGAGCAAAUGAUUCAUGUUCCAUUUUAAAGCCGUCAUUCUUCUCAAAAUGGUGUCAACUCAACAUGGACACGAGAAUCUCCAGUGAUGGUUACUAGCAGCGCUAUAAGAUCCCAUCUUUGUGGAGGACACGUUGGCAGAGAAUGUAGAUAUCCUGUCCUUGUUCACAAACAGACCAGUAUGCUUGCAUGCACAGUAAUCAUGUACGACCAGUGCUUAAAAUCGAAGGAAGAUAUGCCAGUACUCAACACAGACGGUGUGCACAGCAUCAGUGUGUAUCAAGACCAAUGCGUUACAGUAUCCCAGUGCCUGUGCUGGUGCUGGGUAUCAGUCUGAAGCGGACCAUUUUAAACACCAAGUAAAAGCUAACAUUGCAAUAUCACAUUUAAUCAAGGAAUUUGAAGCUUGUGUUUUGCUUUGUCUGGUUUGGCCCAGCAGGAUAUAGAGAGUCGCCUACCGCUCGUUUUUAUUUUAAAUUGUAUUUAGAUAUUUUUAAGAUGACUUUUAUUUCUAUUAUCUACUGUGUUAUCAAUUCUUAAAUUUGUUAUUCAUUCAGAAAUAGAGUCCCUCCCUGGCACUAAAACCAAGAAGAGAAAUCAAGACAGUGCAGAAAAGUGAAAUGCAGAAGGAAUUGCAGCGGUUCAAUCCCAUACAAACUGAGACAUACUAAACUAGUUUAACAGAGGAGCAACUUCAAUACUUUGCCACCCAUUUUUUCCUGUUGUUCCCCCGAUACACUGUAGCCAUGUGCCCACUGGCUACAGCCAAAGGAAGCCCCCUUCAGGAUUCCUUUCUGUCUGCUUUGUAGACAGUUUCACUGUCCUAAGGUGUUAAGUGAUUACAGCAAACCAGCCCUGCUACUGCUAAAAGAACACUACAGUGCACUAGAAAGUCGUGCUGGUUUCAGAGUGAAUACUAAUACAACAUGUUUUAUUUUUUUCUUCUUUCUAAAACAUUUUCUUCACUUUGAUACUCUGAUGGUACAGUAUCAGCCCUCGUUGACCUGCAUCUAUCACAGUGGCUCCCAACCCUGGUCCUGGGGACCCCCUGUGUCUGCUGUUUUGUUUUUUUUAUUUUUUAAACUGAUAG